AUGAGAAGUUCUAUUGCUGGAGCCUCUUUUAUUGGCUCGGAUAGUUCUCAAAACUCUGAAAGCAUUGUCUCAGAGUCGGCAAGUUCUCUCCAAGUCAAGGUUAGAACUGAAUUUCUUUCCUUUGUAUUCACUGCACAAAACACAUCAAGAAGACAUGGAACACGUACAUUUGUCAUGACCCUUACAUUAUACAUUCUCUUGUUUUGGAGUUUUAUUUGGAUGCCCUUACUGAGUCCACAUCACUUUAACUUUGGUGUUUGGGGAUCUUGGAUUUUCACAGUAUUGAACUAUACAACAAGUUUAUCGUUGGAUCUUAUUCCAUAUGAUGGAGCCAUUGCUCUUGCUAGUAUUUCAAUGUUUUUCGUGCUUUUCGCUCUUGGAGCCUUUGCACUCACCAUUAGAGCUGUGAGAUCCACUUCCAAGUUUAUUCCCUAUGUGAAGUAUGUGUUUCACAUUUCCUUGUUUGCUCUCCUUAUUCUCUCUGCACCAAUGACCUACAUCUUCACGAGCUUUGUUGAUUGUGACUAUGGAUACAAUACCAACAAUUUGGUGCAACAACAAGGAUCUACAAGUGUGGCUGUUGGUUCACUGCUGAGUAACUCCACGACCACUACGACAUCCUAUUUGAAUAGAUUUGAUUCAGUUACAUGUUUUGAAACGAGGAACAUUGUCAUGAUGGCCCUCUCCUUAAUAUUCAUUGUCCUCUUACAAGUUGAGGCGUUACUGACUGUAAUCAUGCUUCCAAAUUCUCAUCCCUUAAGCACAACCCCAAUGAUCGGAGAUAGUGCCAUUCUUCCUCUUUUGGGAGUUAUUUGCAACAUUUUGGGCAUGCUUGUACACUUUUUAAUACCAGCCAACUAUGCAUUCAUUAGAUCGAUUGUGCAUCUGGUGUGUUCCUUCAUAUUAUUAGUCUUGCUAUUCAAGAUUUUCCCAAUGAUGAGAAGGUUUGAGAACUCAAUAGUGGCUGGGGUAAUAAGCGCUCGUAUUGGUGCCAGUAUUGGUGGUCUCGUGACAAGUUUGGCUAAUCCAACCAAUGAUAAUGUUAUGGGUGUGGGGUUAUCAAUGAUGACUCUUGCUUUGGUGGUUCUUCUUGGAAUUCUAGGAGGCGUCAUUGCAGAAAUAUACUCAAGAAUCAUUGUAAAAAAGCUGAGAAAGAAGUUUAUUACAGCAAUUCAAGAUAAAAACAUUGAAAGAGAGGCCCUUAAUAUUUAUCAACAGCUUGAGGACGAUGGAAACCUUUCCAAGAUGGACAUGUACAUGAGGUUUACAAUGGGAGUGGAAGUAAUGCUAAAGGAUGAAGAAGAAAAUGCAGACUUGAUGUUUAUCAUUUCAUUCAUCAGGGCUAUUUCCUCUCAGAAGGGUUUCAGUGACCAAAACAUUUUGAACAGCUCUGCAUGCAUUGCUGCCUACUUUAUGGGAGAAGAAUUGAACGCGUCCACGUUUGCACUUGCUCUCCUUAAAAAGGCUAUCAAGCAACGACCAAAUUUGUACAUGAGAUUUUUACUGGGUCAACGAUUGAAAGAAGUUGAAACUUCUACUACUGAGGGAAUAAGGGGACAAAAGAAUGCAAUCGAUCUUAAAGCUACCUUUUCAAAGAUUGAAAAAUCCAUGCUUGAGAUUACAUCUCUCCAUCGCCAUUUUUGGAAGGAGCAAAUGCAAGAGAUAGUGAACUAUGAAAAGAUUGAAAGCAUUGCUUCUCGUAAUGCCGUUCUCAUUGAGGAGUGUGAUAACAUGUUCAACAGCUUACUAUCGCUCUACUAUAACGACAAGACUGUCUUGAGAAUGUAUGCUAACUAUUUGGAGAAUAUCAAGUUUAAUAAGGACCUUGCCAGUGAAUACUUUAAUGAAGCAAUGACUCUUGAGGAAGAUGAAGGUAACUUCCAAAAAAGAGGUGCUGCUUUCAAAGCCAAACUAGCAAGAAAGAAUAGAGUACAUCCAGACUCUAAUUCUGUUGGAACAGCUGAGACAGUUGAUAACUCUAGAAAGUUGAUUCAAGCCUCCGUUAAUGCUAUCAAUUUUACCGUAGAAAACCCUCAAUCCUUUUCACAAAUGAAUUAUGAAACAAUGAGUAGUAUUGAGGAUAGUUUUGACAAUUUCAACGGUAUUGAAAAUACUGUUUCUGGCGAACAAAAGAGAGAAAUGGUAUUUAGAAAUGCGCUUUCUGUGCCAGCACCAAGAAAUAUUCAAAUGACCAUCUUUUUCUUAUUUGCUGGGUUGGGAUUUGCCUUUUUAAUUGCUGGUAUCGUAAUUGCCCUCAACUUUUCAGAUGUCGUUACAUUGAAUGUUAUUAACGUGAUUGAUGCUUGUUCGCCAAUAGCUGCAUUGUCAAAUAUGUUGGUAACAGUUCGUGCCUAUCAAUCUACUGUAAAUUUAAUGAAUUCCACGUCUUCUUCAAUUCCAAAAACAAUGACCAGUGAAAUGUUCCUUAGCCCUAAAUUGCUGAAACAGAACAUUGUAAAAUUGAGACAAAUCUUGGUUAAUUUACAACAAAAGGCCUAUGAUGCCAAAUUCAAUCCAUCAGUUUACUCACAUUACCAUGAAUUUUACUAUCCUUUCUAUGUUCCAAAAAUGCAAUCAGAUGCAACAAUGGAAACCAAGUUUUACAACGAAACCAUGGCAGAAAAUGUGACCAUUACUGAUAUUACCAAUGUUCUUGUAAAGCUUUCUGAUCAAAUGGUUAACAGUGGAGACGACCAAUUAAUGAAUAGUUUAAAUAGUUAUGGGUUUAUGCUCAUGUACAGAAAUCAAGAAACCAUCACUUAUGCCUAUCAAAAGUUUUGCAGAGUUUUUACAGAUUCUGCAAAGGAGGAUGCCCUAAGAAUUAACGACACCUUUACCAUAUUUACAUCUGUUGUUCUUGCGUUCUAUGUGGUUUAUGCAACAAUUUACCUGCUAUAUAGUAGAUUUGAACUCUCUACAAUGAAACAGCAAAUCAAACUAAUUCACACCCAUGUGUCAAAGAAUGAAGUUGGUAAACUCUUCCAUGAUCUUGGUAAGAAAGUUGGUGAUGAAGUUUCUAUUCAUAUUCCCAAGACCUCCAUUCUUAAACCGAAGAAUAUCUUUAUCAUUAUUGGUAUUUUUGUAAUGAUUGCUGUGUCUGUCAGUUUGGGUAUUUUCCUUAAAGAAACUCUUGGAAAUUCCAAGUACAGUUUUGAAUCUUACAUUACCAUGGAAGAUGGUUUUGAUGCAAUGGCAUUCUUACAACGAUUGUCUUUCAAUGUUGCAGAACAAUUCUAUCAUUCUUCCACAAAUAUGUUGAACAAUUAUGGACUAGAUGAAAUACCCAUACUCGCAGAAUCUGAUAUCAAAGUGCUAAGGACUAACUUUGACUAUGUUGUUUUCAAAUUGAGAUACUUUUGGAAUUUGUGUAUGUAUGGUUCUGCUGUUAAGGCGUACGAAACUCUAGUUGUCGGUAUGUUUCCAGAAACUGAUCACAUGAUUCGUGGGGAUUUGAAUUGUACAAUUGAAUCUGUCUCUUCAAUAUACAAUGCCAUGGUCAUUCCAAAAGGAUACAAACCAGACAAUUACACACAAUGUGAUUUUGGUAUUGAUUAUAUGGUUCAGGAUACUAUUCUCAAAUCCUCAAGAAUUAUCGAAGAUUUGGUUGCAACAACCAAAACUUCCAACUAUCAAGACUUGCUUGUUAUCUUGCAAGAAUUUUAUGCAGUUGCUUUUUUGGCUAAUACUGCAUCGUUCAAGUUGAUUGACUUUUCACUUAUUUUUGCUGUUAAAUCCUCAACUCCAAUGGUAACUCAAAUAACAGCUUUGGCCAUUGUUGGAUUUACAGUCAACCUUAUUGGUUGUGUAAUUAUGUACUACUUUUUAAGGAUACACUGGAAGAAUGUCUUUUCUCUAAGGUCCUUAUUCAAUUAUUUAUCAAUUGAAACAUUUGAAAAUAAUGAACAAUUGAGAAAUUAUGCUCUUUAUCACUCUCUCAGCGAUGGUGCCCUAUCUCGAUUAUUUGUCAAGAAGAGAAAUGUUGGGGGAGAAGAUGCCAAAGUUAGAAAUAUCUUAAAUGCUGCUGUUGAUGGCGUCAUUUUGUGUAGCCAUCGUGGUGAUAUUGAAAUUUUCAAUCCAGCAGCUCAAAGAAUGUUUGGAAAUCAACAGGAAGAUGUAAUUGGUAAAUUGCUGUUUACACUCCUGUGUCCACAACAUCAUGAUGAAAUUAGAAAAGCUGUAGACAGUAUGAAACAAACUGUCACAGAAUUUGAUCCAAAGGGUGAAUCCUUUGACGUGGAAUGUAUUAGAAAGAAUCAAACUACAUUCCCAGCCAAAAUGAAUAUUUUUGUAACUCUCUUUGAGAAGAAACCAAUUAUCACAUGCUUUAUUAAGGAUAUUACAUCAGAAAAGAAGCAUAAUGCUCUCCUUGCUGAGGAGAAGAAAAACUCUGAAACUUUAUUAUUGAACAUUCUACCAGGAGCAGUGGCAGCAAAACUUAAAAAUGGCACAUCAUUGAUUGCCGAGAAAUUUGCUGAUAUCACUUGCUUUUUCUCAGAUAUGGUUGGAUUUACUAGUUUAUCUUCAAAAUUAGCUCCUAAUGAAUUGGUUCAAAUGUUGAAUCAAAUUGUUAUGGGCUUUGACGAUUUGACAGAUCGUUAUCAUUUGGAAAAGAUCAAGACAAUUGGUGAUGCUUACUUUGCAGCAGGUGGUUUGCAUGAUUUGAAUGCUCAAUCAGACCAUCCUGAAAGAGUCUUAAAGUUUGCCAUUGAUACCUUUGGAGUGAUUCGUUCUUUCAAUUCCAACUUUAGAAAGGGAAGAUUUGAAGAACAAGUUAACAUUAGAAUUGGUAUCAACACUGGACCAGUUGUAGCAGGUGUCAUUGGACGUAAGAAGUUUGCCUAUGAUUUAUGGGGUGAUUCAAUCAAUACAGCCUCUCGAAUGGAAUCAAAUUCCAAGCCAGGAAGAAUUCAAGUUUCUCGGUCUACCUAUGAGAGAGUAUAUGACUUGGGCUUUUCAUUCGAAGAGAGAAUGAUUGAAGUUAAGGGCAAGGGAAUGACACAAACUUACCUCCUCUCUGCAAAGCAUCACGAAUCUGCUGUCUUGACCAGUGAAGAAUUGAAUGCAAAUGCUGAUAAUUUCAUUGGUGAAGAUGUAUCUAGUGAAAUUCAACCAGAAGAUGAAACUUUACAUUAA